AUGGGGGAGAAUUUGCCUCCCCUCGUGAACACAGGGAAGCUCAACAUUGUUCAGAGGCUUCCAGCCCAUGUAUUGCUGCCUUUUCCAUGUCUCUUUCCAGAGGGCUGUGGAUGCAAACUGUGCCCUGCUGACUGGCUGCCGCACAAGAACAAAUGCUAUUGGGUCUCUAAAGAAAGUAAAACCUGGAGUGAGAGUCGUGAGGACUGCUCAGCGAAGAGCUCUCAGAUGCUGGUGAUCCAAGACAAGGAGGAGAUGGCGUAUGUACUGAGUAUUCCACAGCUGAACCUGGUCUGGCUUGGACUCCGGGUUCCAUCCCCAGAGAGGAAAUGGACCUGGGUGGACGGCGCCACGUUCGAUGAAACACUGGUCCCGCUAACAGAUGCUGCUGAUAGGGAGAGCUGUGGGAUGAUCAAAGGGAACCGCACUAUUUCAGAAACCUGCACGGCUGUAGCUAAAUGGAUUUGUGAGAAAGUUCCCCUGAAAUAA